AUGCUGUGCGUCGACGUUCAUCACCACUACUUCUCUUCUGACCUCAAAGACCACAAGAAAAGAACCAAUGAUAAGAUAGGGUGGAAGACGCCUGAAGGGAACUUGGGUUGGUCUCCAGAACUCAGUCUCAAACUCAUGGAUGCCUCGGGCGUGGACAUCAGCAUUCUUUCUUUUCCAGCAAUCGCUGCGGGUGAGGUCAGCCCCAAAAACAGGUCACUCGCAAGGGAGAGAAACAGGUUCGCUGCUCAGAUAUGCGCAAAACAUCCUUCAAGAUUCGGGUUCUUCGCUACUCUUCCUUUCCUUGACGAUGUUCAAGGCUGCCUAGCAGAGAUUUCCUACGCCUUGGACGAACUCAGAGCAGAUGGCAUAGCAUUGCCGUCGCAUUGCGGGGAAGGAUACAUCGGGGAUGACAGAUUUGAUAGAAUCUGGCAAGAACUGAACCGUCGGCGUACCGUCGUAUUCCUUCAUGGAACCCAAACCGAGUCUUCUACGCCCUUUCCACACCCUUGGCUCGGUAUACCCAUAACGGAGGUAUGCAAUGAAACAUUCAAAGCCGCGUCCCAUCUCGUCGUAACAGGUCGAAAACGGCGCUACAGUGACACCAAAAUCAUCCUCUCACACAUGGGCGGAUCGCUGCCCUCCCUCGCUGCACGCGUCGCGGUUUUAUCAAAUUACAUGGGCUGUCCCUUGACUCCCGAAGAGAUCCUUGAAGACUUCAGAAGCUUUUAUUUCGACACUGCGUUGAGCUCGUACGGACCAAACCUCCAAGCUAUGGAAGCAUUCGCCCUGCCGGAUCGCCUGCUUUUCGGGACGGACUUGCCUGCUGUCGAUGUUUCUUCUGCACAGUGGUUCACUGGGAAAUUGAAAGAGCAUUGUGUCCACGAUCCGGCCAAACUUCGACGAAUCAUGUCCGAGAAUGCCCUCAAGCUCUUCCCAAACAAAGCACUCGGAAUGCAGGUGGAAAUCAAUUAG